AUGCAGGUGAACAUCUUCAAUGGGAGGAACAUGGAGUCAAUGCUGAACUUCACAGGAACGCAGGUAAGCUAUGGCAGUGGUUUUACUCUGUGUCAAAGUGUCAAACAUUUCUCUACAUUCCCCUGCAGGGCACAACGCUCUGUCCAACCAGGUUCCGCCAUAUUAGCCACGCACGUCAUAAGGGAUGCUGGUCUCUUCUCACAGCCGCUGUACGAGUCUGGAGAGAGACCUGAAGAGAUGCCUUGUCGUAUCCCGCCCACAGUGGACCACUGCUUCAUGUCCCUCUGUGGUCAACAGUGUCAUCCUGGUAUUUGUUAUUGAGCCUGAGUUCACAUCUGGAAGCCAUUUACAGCACUGGAAGACAUUCACAGCACUGGAAGACAUUCACAGCACUGGAAGACAUUCACAGCACUGGAAGCAGAAAGAUGUCAAAGCAGAGGAGGGAGAGUAGAAAGAGGGGAAGAGAGAGAAUAGGAGGACACUUGCUACAGCAUGUUAACCUCAAGAUGUGGAGAUCCACACCGCUGAGAUCUCUCACUGGCUACAGCAUGUUAACCUCAAGAUGUGGAGAUCUACACCGCUGAGAUCUCUCACUGGCUACAGCAUGUUAACCUCAAGAUGUGGAGAUCUACACCGCUGAGAUCUCUCACUGGCUACAGCAUGUUAACCUCAAGAUGUGGAGACCUACACCGCUGAGAUCUCUCACUGGCUACAGCAUGUUAACCUCAAGAUGUGGAGAUCUACACCGCUGAGCUCUCUCACUGGCUACAGCAUGUUAACCUCAAGAUGUGGAGAUCUACACCGCUGAGAUCUCUCACUGGCUACAGCAUGUUAACCUCAAGAUGUGGAGAUCUACACCGCUGAGAUCUCUCACUGGCUACAGCAUGUUAACCUCAAGAUGUGGAGAUCUACACCGCUGAGAUCUCUCACUGGCUACAGCAUGUUAACCUCAAGAUGUGGAGAUCUACACCGCUGAGAUCUCUCACUGGCUACAGCAUGUUAACCUCAAGAUGUGGAGAUCUACACCGCUGAGAUCUCUCACUGGCUACAGCAUGUUAACCUCAAGAUGUGGAGAUCUACACCGCUGAGAUCUCUCACUGGCUACAGCAUGUUAACCUCAAGAUGUGGAGAUCUACACCGCUGAGAUCUCUCACUGGCUACAGCAUGUUAACCUCAAGAUGUGGAGAUCUACACCGCUGAGAUCUCUCACUGGCUACAGCAUGUUAACCUCAAGAUGUGGAGAUCUACACCGCUGAAAUCUCUCACUGGCUACAGCAUGUUAACCUCAAGAUGUGGUGAUCUACACCGCUGAGAUCUCUCACUGGCUACAGCAUGUUAACCUCAAGAUGUGGUGAUCUACACCGCUGUGAUCUCUCACUGGCUACAGCAUGUUAACCUCAAGAUGUGGUGAUCUACACCGCUGAGAUCUCUCACUGGCUACAGCAUGUUAACCUCAAGAUGUGGAGAUCUACACCGCUGAGAUCUCUCACUGGCUACAGCAUGUUAACCUCAAGAUGUGGAGAUCUACACCGCUGAGAUCUCUCACUGGCUACAGCAUGUUAACCUCAAGAUGUGGAGAUCUACACCGCUGAAAUCUCUCACUGGCUACAGCAUGUUAACCUCAAGAUGUGGUGAUCUACACCGCUGAGAUCUCUCACUGGCUACAGCAUGUUAACCUCAAGAUGUGGUGAUCUACACCGCUGAGAUCUCUCACUGGCUACAGCAUGUUAACCUCAAGAUGUGGUGAUCUACACCGCUGAGAUCUCUCACUGGCUACAGCAUGUUAACCUCAAGAUGUGGAGAUCUACACCGCUGAGAUCUCUCACUGGCUACAGCAUGUUAACCUCAAGAUGUGGAGAUCUACACCGCUGAGAUCUCUCACUGGCUACAGCAUGUCGGUUCAACAGAAGGGAUUUUGUGUUUAAUAUUUCUGUUCUCUUUGACACUCCGGUUCAAUGCCAUAGCAAAAACAAGAAAACAUCUUCCCACUAUUCCCAAUAGUGUGUUUUUGGGAUGUUUUUAGCAUUAGGACGGAUGCCUGGGAUUUUACAGAGAACAAUCCUUGAGAGAAACAGAUCAGAGAGUAAUCUGACCAUGGACUGUCAUGUUGACCUUUACAAAUGACUGACCUACAGCUGGCACUUUUUACACAGCAGAAAAGUCAUUUUUGUACGCUAAUUUAUUAACCAGAGCUGAUAAAGCGCGAGUUGAAGGAGAGAGGUUCCGCUCUAGCAGGCGAGGGAGGGGCUGUGCAGGGAGGGAGAGACGAGAGACAGCAACCAACCAAGCCGACUCGCGCUAUAGUAGACUAAUAGCUGCCAUAGCUAGGUGAUUUAUCAUCCAAUAUGAUUACAUAGUACUUGUCUUGACUGCAUCAAAACAGGAGAAGCUCAGCUAACAUUAACUAGCUAGGCUAAUUGAGGCUGCAGUGCAUGUGCUUUCUCAUCCUACAGUUACAAACAUCAACUCCAUUCAGAAUAUAAAGUAGCAGCCUACCUGUUGGCUCUUGGUCGUUGUAGCCUGUCCUUCUCCUUUAACUUUUUAAUUCCGUCAUUUUAAUUCCAUCCUCCAUUGAUCAUAUAUCUCCUAACUUUUGCCACACACGGAGCGAGGCUCUAUGACUGUAGCGUAUUGCCGCUUUGAUGACUUAUGAUUGGCCAACAACAUGUUGCACGCGCCACGCUCCACUCUGGUGUAAAGGAAGAGCAGCAGCAUCAAUGAUGAAACGUCUCUCUCUCUCUCUCUCUCUACGGCAGCUGUCGCGUUCGGAUCUGUACACAUACCCGAGACCCAUGACAAUCAUAUCAGAUAGGACCCAGACCCGUAACAUUAUUUAGAAUUCUGGAUCCGAACCCUCUCGAGUACAGGUAGAUCCGUGAAGACUGGUCCUCUAUAGCUCAAUUGGUAGAGCAUGGGGCUUGUAACGCCAGGGUAGUGGGUUCGAUCCCUGGGACCACCCAUACGUAAAAAUGUAUGCACGCAUGACUGUAAGUCGCUUUGGAUAAAAGCGUCUGCUAAAUGGCAUAUUAUUAUAUUAUAUUAUAUUAUUAUUAUAUUAUAAAGACCUCUAAGUCACAGUGUUGAGUCUAUUCAGGACCACGUCCCCCAUCCUCUCACACACACACACACACACACACACACACACACACACACACACACACACACACACACACACACACACACACACACACACACACACACACACACACACACACACACACACACACACACACACACACACACACACACACACACACACACACACACACACACACACACACACACGUGAACAGCCUAUACAUCUCCAGACUCUUCUCCUCUGAUCUCCCUGUAAACCAUGAACCAGUGUGCGUGUUACAUGCGUGUGUGUGUGUGUGUGUGUGUGUGUGUGUGUGUGCUGACGAUAGAAAUGCUGACAUAAUUGAUAUGCUUUUGUUUUGAGGGUUCCUCCUGGAAUCUGUUCUACCCACACACACACAGACACACAGAGACACAGAGGCACACACACACACACACACACACACACACACACACACACACACACACACACACACACACACACACACACACACACACACACACACACAGACAGUGAAGAAUAAGCAGAUCUCAGAUAUAGCUACUCUCUGUGCUACUUUGUAGCCAGUUCUGUUUUUAGAUGCACUCAUUGAAGACUCACUGUUCUAUACAUGAUGUAAACUAGGAGGAGUCUGUCCCUGUAUGGGGCUGUAGUCAUCCACAUUUAGAUCUCUAAUGGAGGACUAGUGAGUAGGGCUCCAUAUUUAGAUUGUGAUGGUGGUCUCUAAUGGAGGACUAGUGAGUAGGGCGACAUGACCUCUGGAAGAUCCAAGGACUCAUUGCAUUUCUCUCUGCCUGUUUUUCCUCAGAUGGCUGCCUACUUCGGCCAUUCUGUGGCAGCCACCGACCUCAAUAACGAUGGGUAAGUGAUGAUGUUGAAUGCUGAUUGGACAAGCAGCUCCAAGCCGUGCUGUAUUGUCCGUCACAGCCUGCUAACAAAUCCAUCUGAAAAUGAUCACUGGGGGGGGGGGUUGUUAACAUAAUCCUCGCUGUCUGCCUGUCCAACCUCGGAAACAAUGUUUCACUUUUAAAUGUUGAUCUCUGUACCAUAGAGAGUGAAAGGUGCCCAGAAGAGAGGAUAACUUUUUCUGAGCCAGUCGAAAUCCCACAUCAACGUCAUUGUCGUGUACAUAUCCAAGUAAAAGCCAAUAGAAGAAAAAAAAAAUCACUAACAAACUAAAAUGCAGCUAGUGUACAUGUCGUUCCAGGUUCAAUGUUUGACGUGACGGAGUUAGCUGAAGUUGGCUAGCUAGCUUGCAAGUGGCGAGCGUUAUCCAGCCUGCAUAGCAACCAUUUUAUUUUGUUUAGAACGGACAAGUCCUUUUUGCAUAGCAACUAUGCAAAAAGAUUUAACGGCUGGGUCGUGUCUGUAGCAACCAGCAUGACCAAAAUAACUAACAACCACAUUUUUGUCCGGACUAUAUCUUCUUGUGGAAUAAUUAAAUUGUAUGAAUUGACCAAAAUAACGUUUUAAUGAAAAUAUGGACAGUUUUAUCAAAGCUAUAAGGCACGCGAGGCAGUGCUGUAUUUUUAGUACAUUUUAGUCAUUUUAGCAGACGCUCUUAUCCAGAGCGACUUACAUGAGAAAUUAGGGUUAAGUGCCUUGCUCAAGGGCACAUCGACAGAUUUUUCACCUAGGCGGCUCGGGGAUUUAAACCAGCGACCUUUCGGUCCCUGGCACAACGCUCUUAACCACUAAGCUACCUGCCGCCCCCUGUAUCAUGAAUACAGUCACGGGUAAAUGGGUUGACUGGGCCUCCACUAACACAUCGGGCCGAGCAACACCAUUUACCUGUGACUGUAUUCAUGAAACAGCGCUGCCUCGCGUGCCUUAUUGCUUAAAUAACUGACUGCCAUAUCCCUCGACUCUAGAUGCAUCCCCAAUGGAACCCACUCCCCUAUUUAGCCCUAUGGAAGGCCCUGGUCAAACGUAGUUUACUAUUUAGGGGAAUGGGGUGCCCUUUGGGACGUGGGAGCUAUCUCAAUAGGCAAUGACUACCUUUACAGUCUAUCAGGGUUGUAUUCAUUAGGGCAUAACAUAGCAAAACGUUUUGCAAUGGACAAGGUCAGGUAUUCCCUCCCUGUUUGUCUGUGUUCUUCCCUUAGGAGCUUAAUGAACACAACCCUGCUUUAGAAUGUUUAGUGGUGACGAGAGCUCUCAAGGCAAUAGAUGUCCAUGUCCUGUUGCAGUGUUCAUUUAUCUCUAGAUGAAGACCAAGUCAUGAUCAUAGACCGGUAAUGAUACAGCCUCCAGGCUUCCAAGUCCUCUCCUGAGUCCUGACUGGUUUCAGAUGCAGCUGAAUAUGUUGGGCUGAAUUAGCUACCGUUACCAUCCAUACUUUAACAUGGGGAAUACAUGUUUACUCACUCUAAAAGCACUCGGAUGCAGCUGAAUAUCUUGACUGAUUUUAUUUAGGUUAUAUCACACCAUCCAUGCUUCAGUUACAGUGCCUCUUUGACUUUUUAUAUUUCGUGGAGAUCAGGGCCAUUAAACCCCAAAUACUGUACAUGGUCAAUUGUAAGACAACAAAGGGUUGGUUUUGUAAACAGAUUAAGCCUAUUCCUGGACAAAAUAGCACGUUAAAUGGAGAGUUCAUAUUGAACAUAUUUCUUACUACAGUGCUAGGCUUUGGGAAACCAACCCAAAAUGUUAUUAAAACGUCUAAGGGAGGGGUACUUCUAAGGUACCUUUUAUCUCAGAGAAAUGUCCAUCUCUGCCUGAGCCUUCUAAAGCACAUACAGUUGAAGUCGGAAGUUUACAUACACUUUAGGUUGGAGUCAUUAAAACUGGUUUUUCAACCACUCCACACAUUUCUUGUUAACAAACUAUAGUUGUGCAUGACACAAGUAAUUUGCAUGACACAAGUAAUUGUUUACAGACAAAUUAUUUCACUUAUAAUUCACUGUAUCACAAUUCCAGUGGGUCAGAAAUGUACAUACACUAAGUUGACUGUGCCUUUAAACAGCUUGGAAAAUUCCAGAAAACAAUGUAAUGGCUUUAGAAGCUUCUGAUAGGCUAAUUGACAUCAUUUGAGUCAAUUGGAGGUGUACCUGUGGAUGUAUUUCAAGGCCUACCUUCAAACUCAGUGCCUCUUUGCUUGACAUCAUGGGAAAAUCAAAAGAAAUCAGCCAAGACCUCAGAAAAGAAAUGGUAGACCUCCACAAGUCUGGUUCAUCCUUGGGAGCAAUUUCCAAACGCCUGAAGGUACCACGUUCAUCUGUACAAACAAUAGUACGCAAGUAUAAACACCAUGGGACCACGCAGCCGUCAUACCGCUCAGGAAGGAGAAGCGUUCUGUCUCCUAGAGAUGAACAUACUUUGGUGCGAAAAGUGCAAAUCAAUCCCAGAUCAGCAGCAAAGGACCUUGUGAAGAUGCUGGAGGAAACAGGUACAAAAGUAUCUAUAUCCACAGUAAAACAAGUCCUAUAUCGACAUAACCUGAAAGGCCGCUCAGCAAGGAAGAAGCCACUGCUCCAAAACCGCCAUUAAAAAGCCAGACUACGGUUUGCAACUGCACAUGGGGACAAAGAUCGUACUUUUUGGAGAAAUGUCCUCUGGUCUGAUGAAACAAAAAUAGAACUGUUUGGCCAUAAUGACCAUCGUUAUGUUUGGAGGAAAAAGGGGAAUGCUUGCAAGCCGAAGAACACCAUCCCAACAUUGAAGCACGGGGGUGGCAGCAUCAUGCUGUGGGGGUGCUUUGCUGCAGGAGGCACUGGUGCACUUCACAAAAUAGAUAGCAUCAUGAGGAAGGAAAAUUAUGUGGAUAUAUUGAAGCAACAUCUCAAGACAUCAGUCAGGAAGUUAAAGCUUGGUCGCAAAUGGGUCUUCCAAAUGGACAAUGACCCCAAGCAUACUUCCAAAGUUGUGGCAAAAUGGCUUAAGGACAACAAAGUCAAGGUAUUGGAGUGGCCAUCACAAAGCCCUGACCUCAAUCCUAUAGAAAAUGUGUGGGCAGAACUGAAAAAGCGUGUGCGAGCAAGGAGGCCUACAAACUUGACUCAGUUACACCAGGUCUGUCAGGAGGAAUGGGCCAAAUUUCACCCAACUUAUUGUGGGAAGCUUGUGGAAGACUACCCGAAACGUUUGACCCAAGUUAAACAAUUUAAAGGCAAUGCUACCAAAUACCAAUUGAGUGUAUGUAAACUUCUGACCCACUGGGAAUGUGAUGAAAUAAAUAAAACCUGAAAUAAAUCAUUAUCUCUACUAUUAUUCUGACAUUUCACAUUCUUAAAAUAAAGCGGUGAUCCUAACUGACCUAAGACAGGGAGUUUUUACUAGGAUUAAAUGUCAGGAAUUGUGAAAAACUGAGUUUAAAUGUAUUUGGCUAAGGUGUAUGUAAACUUCCGACUUCAACUGUAUCGCUGUGUUAUUUUUAGUGCUACAAAAUACCAUGAAUUAGUAGUCCACGUCUUUUUACCAUUAAUUAGUAUUCCACGUCUUUUUACCAUUAAUUAGUAGUCCACAUCUUUCCACUAUUGUACGUUUGUCUUCUGUAGUAUAAACCCUAAUGGUGUCUCUCCUCAGGCUGGUGGAUCUGUAGUAUAAACCCUAAUGGUGUCUCUCCUCAGGCUAGUGGAUCUGUUUGUGGGGGCCCCUCUGUUCAUGGAGCGUGGCAGUGAUGGGAAGCUGCGGGAGGUGGGCCAGGUGUCUGUGUUCCUGGGGAAGGGAGGGUUCUCCUUCCACACCCCCGUCACACUGAGUGGAACGGAGAUCUACUCACGCUUCGGCAGUUCUAUAGCCGCACUGGAAGACCUGGAUAUGGACGGCUUCAACGGUACGUAUGAGGCCUUAACGGUAUGUAUGAGGUCCUAAUGGUAUGAGGCCUUAACGGUAUGUAUGAGGUCCUAAUGGUAUGAGGCCUUAACGGUAUGUAUGAGGCCUUAACGGUAUGUAUGAGGCCUUAACAGUAUGAGGUCUUAACAGUAUGUAUGAGGCCUUAACGGUAUGUAUGAGGCCUUAACGGUACAUAUGAGGCCUUAACGGUAUGUAUGAGGUCUUAACGGUACAUAUGAGGCCUUAACGGUAUGUAUGAGGUCUUAACGGUAUGUAUGAGGCCUUAACGGUAUGUAUGAGGCCUUAACGGUACGUAUGAGGCCUUAACGGUAUGUAUGAGGCCUUAACGGUACGUAUGAGGUCUUAACGGUACGUAUGAGGCCUUAACGGUAUGAGGCCUUAACGGUACGUAUGAGGCCUUAACGGUACGUAUGAGGCCUUAACGGUACGUAUGAGGCCUUAACGGUAUGAGGUCUUAACGGUACGUAUGAGGCCUUAACGGUAUGAGGCCUUAACGGUAUGAGGCCUUAACGGUACGUAUGAGGUCUUAACUGUACGGAUGGAAAUGGAGCCUCUGAGACAACCGUCUGCAUGGUUCUUACAAACGCAUAAUGCUCACUAGAGUUGCAAAAUUCUCUAAACUUUCCCAAAGUUCCCAGGUUUUUCAGAAAUCCUGGUUGGAGGAAUCCGGGAUUCAGGAGGAAGUAAGCAGAGUGUCCACCAGAACAGGAUUCUGGCCUCUUUGGGAUUGCUUCCUAGGCUCCUAUACCAGUCAUGCAUCUCAGGGAGAUUCCCUGGUUUGAAGACAAUGACCAAACCACCAUUUUAAGGGUUGUUGAUGAUCUCCCUCUUCCUGUAAUGUUUCUCUGUUCCAGACAUUGCCAUAGCUGCACCUUACGGCGGGCCGAAGCACCGCGGCCUAGUGUACAUCCACAAUGGGAGGGCGGCAGGGCCUGACCCAGUGCCUUCCCAGGUCCUAGAGGGGAGGUGGGCCUCCUCUUACAUGCCCCCCAGCUUUGGAUACUCCCUACACGGAGCCACCGAUAUUGACCAGAACGGAUACCCAGGUAUUUUUAUACUAGAACGAAUAUCCAGCUAUUAUGAUACGUGAAUAGAUACUCAGGUAGUUUCAUACUAGAAUGGAUACCCAGGUAGUUUCAUACUAGAAUGGAUACCCAGGUAGUUUCAUACUAGAAUGGAUACCCAGGUAGUUUCAUACUAGAAUGGAUACCCAGGUAGUUUCAUACUAGAAUGGAUACCCAGGUAGUUUCAUACUAGAAUGGAUACCCAGGUAGUUUCAUACUAGAAUGAAUACCCAGGUAGUUUCAUACUAGAAUGGAUACUCAGGUAGUUUCAUACUAGAAUGGAUACCCAGGUAGUUUCAUACUAGAAUGGAUACUCAGGUAGUUUCAUACUAGAAUGGAUACCCAGGUAGUUUCAUACUAGAAUGGAUACCCAGGUAGUUUCAUACUAGAAUGGAUACUCAGGUAGUUUCAUACUAGAAUGGAUACCCAGGUAGUUUCAUACUAGAAUGGAUACCCAGGUAGUUUCAUACUAGAAUGGAUACCCAGGUAGUUUCAUACUAGAAUGGAUACCCAGGUUAAGUUAGGGGAGUUCUGAUAGUAUAUUUCUGGGUUUGUGGUGACUGAAUGCUUACAGAUUGGCCCUUGAUUGGCAAAAAACUAAAACAUAAAGGAUUUGACUGUGGCUAUUACCGGGCUGCUGGCAUUAUACUGACGUCUUUCUUUCCACCCUCUCCUCACCACGCAACAGAGAGAAAAAAAGAGAAAAGAGAGAACGAGCGAGAAAGACGAGACAAAAAAGAAAAAAGAGAAACAAAAAAAGAAAAGAAGAAGAGCAGAGAGAGAGAGAGAGAGAGAGAAAGCAGACAGAAAAAGGAGCAGACGGAGAGGACGAGCGCCCCCCCCCCCCCACUACCACCGAAACAAACCCUCCGCCUCCUCUCGAGAUCUCCCUCUCUCUCUCCCACCCCCCUCUCUCCCCCUCUCCUCUCUCUCUCUCUCCUCUCUCUCCCCUCUCUCUCUCUCUUCUGUCUCUCCACCACAGACUUAAUAGUCGGUGUAUUUGGUGCAGACAAAGCCGUUCUAUACAGGUACAGACAAAGCCGUUCUAUACAGGUGCAGUAGUGCUGUGGUUUCCUUUCUUUGAUGUUCCACAAUGUACCGUGCUUUAUGAUCCUAAACCAUCCCAGGUGUUUUAUAUAUUAAUCUAAAGUAGUGGUCUAUAUGCCAUUGGUGGAACAUGAAGCCUUAGUUAGUGGCUUCUCAUUUAAACGUGAACGUUGUAACUGCCUCUACGGUUACCCAUAUUAUAUAGACAGCUCACUUCACAACACAGGCGGUACAGUAUCUAAUCUGUCUCUCUUCUGCGUUUAGAUUCGUCAGGGUUUGGUUAAACUUAGCCAGAGGAUUCUGGGUGCCUGCAAAUUUAUGAAAUUGCUUAUUCCAGUUACUAUUAAACAUGCACCCAUUAACUCGACUCCCGAGUGGCGCAGUGGUCUAAGGCACUGCAUCGCAGUGCUAGCUGUGCCACUAGAGAUCCUGGUUCGAAUCCAGGCUCUGUCGUAGCCGGCCGUGACCGGGAGACCAAUGGGGCGGCGCACAAUUGGCCCAGCGUCGUCUAGGGUAGGGGAGGGAAUGGCCGGCAGGGAUGUAGCUCAGUUGGUAGAGCAUGGCGUUUGCAACGCCAGGGUUGUGGGUUCGAUUCCCACUGGGGUAUAAAAAAAAAAGUCGCUCUGGAUAAGAGCGUUUGCUAAAUGACGUAAAUGUAAAAAAUUUAAAUAUAGAUUUGACAUGCAUUGCUGUACAACUCUAUUGUAUCAACCAGUGAAUUGAUCCGAUAGCUAAACUCUUCCUGUGGUCGUGACCGAUGGUCCUUGGGACAGCAACGCUAACCCACAUUAUAGGUCAGUGAGUUGGCUUGGCUGGCUGUGAGGAUAGACCCCCCCCCCCCCCCCCCCCCCCCCCCCCUGUGCUUUUAGAAGUCUUCCAUAAAAGGAAAGAAGACGGCAACACCUUUCGACCUUAGUCUUAUGCUGUGUCCCAAAUUGCACCCUAUUCCCUAUAUAUUGCACACAUUUUGACCAGAGCCAUAUGGACCCUGGUUAAAAGUAGUGCAGUAUAUAGGGAAUAGGGUGCAAUUUGGGGGACACAGUGGCUACAGAACCACAGCUCAGAGGAAUCCUGUCUGGGUGUACUGAGCUUGUUAAGCAGUCUGUAACAGUAUGAAACAUGCAUGCACUCACUAAUUGGAAGUCGCUCUGGAUAAGAACGUCUGAUAAAAUGGCUAAAAUUAAAAAAAUAAAAAUGUUAGAUUAUAAUUUUGGGCUAGCAGUGCAGCCUGUUAGAUUAUAGCUUCGGACUAGCAGUGCAGCCUGUUAGAUUAUAGCUUCGGACUAGCAGUGCAGCCUGUUAGAUUAUAGCUUCGGACUAGCAGUGCAGCCUGUUAGAUUAUAGCUUCGGACUAGCAGUGCAGCCUGUUAGAUUAUAGCUUCGGACUAGCAGUGCAGCCUGUUAGAUUAUAGCUUCGGACUAGCAGUGCAGCCUGUUAGAUUAUAGCUUCAGGCUUCCUUACACCCUAUUCCUUACACAUAGUGCACUAUAUAGGGAAUAUGGUGCCAUUUGGAAUGCAGUCUUUAUGGAAGCUUUCCUUUGUCUGAGGUCGCGCUGUGCUCACUGCUCUGUUUAUGGUCUGACCUCUGACCCCCCAGGGCCCGGCCGGUCAUCAGUGUUAACGCCACCCUGGACAUCAGCCCGCAGAUCCUCAACCCGGAGGAUAGGAACUGCAAACUGCCUGACCAUGACACACCAGUGUCCUGGUGAGUGACACAGCGAUUUUCACUUUCUAGUUUUCAGAAAAUAUGGAUGUCUGUGUGUGUGAUGCAUGGUCCAUAUCACGGACGGCAUUGAGGAGCCAAAAUGUAAUGAAAGUGGGUGGAAUCUUCAUUGACUACAGUGAUUGUCCACAUAGUAUAUUAGAAAGCUACCUUAGCAAGCCUUUGUUUUAGAAGAACUAUAUGUUAAUAUGGCAUGCUCUUGUUCUUCCUUUGUGCUGACUGCAUAUUUGUAACACGUAAGACCAUGCAACAUGUUUAGCUAGUAUCUACCAUGUGGUGCUGUAUGCUUGUCUUGAGAACCGUAGAGAACACUAUAGCCCGUAGUGAACACUAUAGCCCGUAGUAAACACUAUAGCCCGUAGUGAACACUAUAGCCCACGGUGAACACUAUAGCCCGUAGUGAACACUAUAGCCCGUAGUGAACACUAUAGCCCGUAGUGAACACUAUAGCCCUGAACACUAUAGCCCGUAGUGAACACUAUAGCCCGUAGUGAACACUAUAGCCCGUAGAGAACACUAUAGCCCGUAGUGAACACUAUAGCCCGUAGUGAACACUAUAGCCCGUAGUGAACACUAUAGCCCGUAGUGAACACUAUAGCCCGUAGUGAACACUAUAGCCCGUAGUGAUCACUAUAGCCCAAGGUGAACACUAUAGCCCGUAGUGAACACUAUAGCCCAAGGUGAACACUAUAGCCCGUAGUGAACACUAUAGCCCGUAGUGAACACUAUAGCCCAAGGUGAACACUAUAGCCCGUAGUGAACACUAUAGCCCAAGGUGAACACUAUAGCCCG